UCUCUCGUGGAGAGAAGUUGUAUCUGCUUUCUUCUUCAUCGGUUAUUCUUCGUUUUCGUUGUGGAAGAGCGAUCGGAAAAGAAGCAACAUACGGCAAUAGCAGUAGAUAUCUACUAGAAAGCUAGUUUCCAAUACAUAGGAAAACUUGUGUGACAAAUUAAAAAGAUUUUUGGAGAUAGAGCAGUGAUCGUGAACGGUGAACUUUCGUUCAGUUAGCUGGUCGGUUUCCUGGUCUCGUAUCACGCGCACAAUUUCAGGUGCCAUCGUCGGAUUUCAAAGAAAACCGCCGCGCCGGAGCAUCCGUGUUUUGCUGAUGCGUCGUUGCCGCAUUGUCGUAACGCGAUUCGUCGAGCGUGCCGUGGCUCACAGCCAGUCAGAGCAGCUAGCGUACGGCACGGAGUGGUGAGAGACUAGCAAGUGAGGGGAAGAAAGUGAUAGUGUCGUCAGUUCUCGUUUGGACUCUGUGGCUUACAGAUCGUACCAAGAUCUCUUCGGUGAAACUUACUGGAAGGAAAAAGAAGAGAAAAUACGAAGGAUUCCACCAUAAAACGCACAGUGCGGAAGAUGAUUCGAUAGCAUGAGAAUCGCGAGUGGUGUUUCCUAUUGAAUUCGUAUUCGCCCGAAGUUGACCCCUUCACAAACGAUUCUCGCGACUGGAUCUAGCGCUGCGUGUGAAACAAAGAUUGUACACAUACUUCGUACGGAAUGCGCAUUCAUGGUUGGCACGUUGUACAACCAGUACGCCCACGCGAUCGUGUAAUCGAUUGAUCACUCGCAGGUGAUAGAAAUUGACGUUGUGCACGCGCAUGUUAGAACUUUUCCCUAACGAAGAAGGGGCUACGAUUUAGUCAACUUUGAAUCCGCGUUUGACUUUCAUAUCUCUGUUUCGCGCACAGUGAUUGGGGAUAACUCGAUUAACCCCCGGGUAAUCGGCCGGUGAUCGAUCUGAUAGUCUCGGCGCGCUCUGUUGAUUUUCUUGACGUCGACGGUAUCAGAAAAGGGCGGCAAACUGUACGGGCACAGGGAGGAAGACAUGCUCACGAUGGAGACGGACAUGAAGGGCGGCAGUUUGCACGCUCAGAUGCCACCGCAUCCUCACCAGGGCGUAUCGCCGAUGGGUCAUCAUACGGGGAUGUCUUCUUACGGGACCCUUGGCUCGAUAGUCCAUAGCCCGGCGCUAUCGGGAAGUCCGCCUAGCACGGGCGGUUUGAAUCUUGGUCUGCAGCAUCAUCAUCAGACGUCGCAGCAUCAUUACAGCUCGAUGCAUAUGGUCGCCGCCGCUGCUGCUCAACAUCAACAGAAUAUGCACGCGAUGACAACGCAACAGAGUGCCCAGCAGCAGCAGCAGCAGCACUCCCAUCAACAACAGGCGCAGUCGCAAUCGCAACAACAUCAUCAGCCUAAUAAUCACAGCAACCCGAAUAAUCCCAACAAUUCGAGUAACGCGGCCAACGCCAAGAACAACAAUAUGGACCGCGUUAAGAGGCCGAUGAACGCGUUCAUGGUAUGGUCGCGCGGACAGCGGCGCAAGAUGGCUCAGGAGAACCCUAAAAUGCACAACUCGGAGAUCUCGAAACGCCUGGGUGCCGAGUGGAAACUCCUGAGCGAGUCGGAGAAGCGCCCGUUCAUCGACGAGGCGAAACGAUUGCGCGCGGUUCACAUGAAGGAGCACCCGGACUACAAAUACCGGCCACGACGCAAGACAAAAACGUUGCUCAAGAAGGACAAGUUCCCGCUGACGAGUGGCGUGGCCGGUGUCGGCGGUAUGCUCGUUGAUCAGCGGCAAGUUGGUACCAGCGGUGGGCCGCAGCAGCCGCAAUUGCCGCGGGACGUCUAUCAAAUGUCCAACGGUUACAUGCCUAACGGGUACAUGAUGCACGACCCGACCGCGUACCAGCAACACGUCGCGUAUGGCGGUCACAUGGGAGGCGCAGCGGCCUCGGCUGCCGGUUACCCCAGGUACGACACGAUGGGCCAUCAUAUGGGCGGUGGCAGUCCCAGUCCUAUCAACAACUACAUGAACGGGUACGGCGGAUACGGCGCUACCACCGUCCCCGGCGGCUCGCCAUCGCCCUAUCACCAGGCUCAACCAGGCUCUCAGAUGUCGAGUCACAGUCCGAGCGGCAGUAGCAUAAAAUCCGAGCCUACGAGCCCUGCGAGCGGCGGAAUCCAUACACCGACGCCGACGGCUGGACCGACGUCGACGGGCGCGGCCGCCGUUGCCGGCCAAGCCGUCAAGCGAGAGUAUAUGGGCCAGCAACAGAGCCAGCAAACGCAGGGCGACCUCAGGCAUAUGAUCUCGAUGUACCUGCCGCAGGGAGCCGAGCAAGGAGUCGUGCCGCAUGGCGCGGGUGUCUACUCGCCGGGACCGUCGCCGGACUCUUUGGCGCAACAUCACUCGGCCAUACAGCCGCUUGCGCACAUCCUAACAUAUAAACCAUGACCUCGUAGGAAUCUCGUAGCUUAAAAAGUGGCAAGCUUGGACGGACACCCAUACGAAUUGGAACUCUGUAAAAAAAAAAGGCAAAGACAGAGUAAGAAGAGAAAGGAGGAAGUGCGAUAUACAUAUAUAUAAUCCAUGAUAAUAAAGAGAGAGAGAGAGAGAAGACAAUUUUCUGGAGAGACAGAGAGAGAGAGAGAGGAAGAGACGAGAACGAAUCGACCUCUCCGCUCUCGGUACUCGAGAGACCGCGCCUUCGCUCGCAUUCACGUCGCACGAAAGAUUCUCUCCAUCAUCCUCGUCCAUGUGCUGCACAUUAUCAUCGCCAUCCCUAUUCGCCUAUAGGGACAUCCACGGAGACAUUCGGUCUGUGUAGAAGGCGUCGAUAAUACAUUAUUUGCAAGUGCGCUCUUGCGAAAUUGCGACGUUACCAAAGAGAGGAAUCCUAUUCGAGCAGACGUUAUAUCCACAUUGGUUCCACUUGGAUUCUGGCAGUGCAGACAUUCGUGAUUUUAUUUAACUUAUCUUUGAUUAGUUUACAUAUUUCUUUAUCCGUUUGUUAUCGGCGAGGACAAUGUUAUAAUUCGAAAAAUUGUGCAAGGUUCGAUUGUCGACGUCGUAUUCGGUGCUUCAUCAUUUCCAGCGUUGGCAAUAAAGAAAUGUUAUCGCAUUUCACGAAGAAAACAAAUUACUUUUGACAUUUUAGGAAGAAACAUAUAUUUUAGGAAGAAACAUAUAUUGUGCUUCUAAGAAACAAUCGCAGUGUGAUAUGUCAUUGUUAUAGGAAACCUUUUCUUUUUACGCAUAGAAUUACAUACAUUAUAAAAUACACAUAGAUUAUAAAAUAUUGUUAUGAGACAUAUGUUGAGAUACAUACAUUGCAAAAUAUUAUUGGAUUGUUCGUAACAUUUUUUGACGCGUCGUGUGUACAUAUCAUAGUUCUAACAUACUAUUUCAUUUAUACUCUUUCAUUUCGUCUACUCGUAUAAUAAUUCGCAAUAAGUGUACAGAGUGGAAUAUCUGAAACAAUUUUGUACGUAAUCGGAAUUGAAUAAUGCGAUAGAAUAUAUAAUGAAA